AUGGCUGCCAUGGUUCCAUGGGCUCAGUACGAUGAUGGGAUGUCCAUCGCUCUUGCCGUGGGGAUGGUCCCAGAUGAGACAGGGUCUUCCUCGACUCCGCUACAAACAAGCAGUCUCAGGGAAGUCCUGUCUGCUGUCCAGACUCUCGUCUCUACUCUCAGACCCGAGAGCCCAGUAUUUGCAACCUUCCAUGAUGGCCGCGUGCAUGAUCCGCUUGGGGGUGGCUCCUAUGCAUUCCAGAAAGACGUCGUUGAGCCUGUUCUGUUUGCUCUCAUGAACGAUGAGAUCCUUUCGAAUGGUGAAAAAGAGCCCCUGCUUAACAAGAAGAGUAUGGCAACACCUCCCAAGAUUUGUUCACCAUGCUAUGCUCAGCUUCCAACUCGCCCCAUUGUCCUUCAUGCUGGAGCGCAGCCAAACAACUCUCCUCACGCCGGCACCAUCAUCGUUUUCUGCUAUGCCUUUUCGCUCGCUCGAGCGAUCCGUGAUCGAAUGCAAGCUAUCGUAACCGGUACAGAACUUCAGCCGCCGCCCAUCUCGGUCGAGAUCACUUUCAUUGACACCGCGCCAGUCCCAGGCCACGAGACCUCAAUCGAAGGAAUAAAAUACCAGAAAUCUUACAGGGAUGUCCCCGAGGCCCUCAACACUCAUAUGGCUGAUUAUGAUCAGAUUCUUCAGCUCCUGUCUACCUGGUCUGAGAUCCCUUUCGAGAACACCUUUCAGUCAGAAUUCCUUUCUCAGCCUGUCAUGCCGUCUCUCCUUCGCUACAUUAUCGCUCACCAUGAGAUCCUAGGCCAUCAGCUUUCCCCAAAGUAUGGCAAGCUUGCACUACGUGCUGCUUGCCCUGUCCUUGGCUGUGGUUUGGCAGAGAAACACGGCCGCCUCAAUCUGUACAGUGAGGAGACCAAUACUAAAAGCGGAACUGAAUCUCCCAAGACUACAGACUCUACGAUUACCUUUCAUUGCCCACACCAUGGCCGACACAUCAUUUCCACGUCUGAUCCUGGCGAAGUUGCCUGUCUAGAAGCAAACGCCCCAGCACGCAACCUCAUUCGCAGCAUGAGCCAGAUGCUUGACACUAGCACGCACCAUGUACGCAUCACGGGCUCGGAUUAUGCCGGUAUGUACCAGGAAGCUUUGCUCUACCGUCCGUUAGCGGGCUGGUCGAGAGCCACCGGGCUGGCAGCAGGAAGAACACCCCAGAUCCUCUAUGCACCACUUAUUGUGGAUUGGAGUGGCGCGAAGCUUUCCAAGAGCUUGUAUGUCCGUGAGGGUGGGUAUCAGGCGAUGGAGCUAUUCGGAACUGAAGGACUGUGCAGCUUUUCCCAGUUGAAGGUUCACUUUGGCGACGAUGGGGCAGAGGGGUUGAGAAGACUGUGGGAAGAAGUGCAAGGGUGGCUUGAAGAUCCCAGAAAGCUCUUCAGAACAUUCUCAGUCGAAUAUCUACGAAAGGUGGUUAUGGAAGGACAAGAAUGGGCAUAA